AAGUGAUCGAACAUGGUGGUAGGGUGUUUCAAGAGACGCGCCGAUGUAAUUUUUGUGUAAUUAUAUACAAGACAGGGUAGAAAACGUGUUUGAUUUUUGUUUCUCAGUGUGACAAUGGGUUCUGGAUCGAGUAAGUCGAAAACUGUAACCGAAUCUCGAGUUCAGAACUCAAAAGCCGAACAUUCACGUCUGCCUGUUGCUAAUGAAAACAACAACAACGCAACAACAUGGCCAGAUGCGGGCAGACGACAGAAUAACGUGAUACGCAACGAGACGGACAAUUCGAAAACAAUUUUUAAAUCUACGCAGAGAGAAGAUUUUCAAACGAACGAAGUCAGGACAGGAAAAAAUAAUUUAGCCGACACAAAUUAUGACAGUGAAAGAAAUAAAAAAAGUUCGAAACAAGCUACUUGGGAAAGUGAUGCCGAUUCUAUUUUGGAUGAUCCUUGGGACGAAUUUCUUGGACCGGCGAAGUCCUCAAAUGCAUAUCAGACGAACGCUAGUAGAGGGAUGCAUGAGAGAGAGAGAGAGAUGAACGACAUAAACGCACAGAGGAAAGAAGAAAGUUACCCGGAGACCUACGCACAGAGAUUAACGCGCGAGCAAUAUAAACUUGAUCAAGCUAAGCUUCUCAGACAGAAAACCAUAUACAGAGAUACGGACGAAUGGAAAAUGGACGAGGAUGCCGAAUUAGAGAAGAAAAAGUCCAAAGGGUUUGAUGCUUCAAAAUUCAGAGAAGUAAACGCGGCUAAGCAUCAAGAAAAUGCUAUUUCCUCAGCAGCUCAAGAACUGCAGACGCCACGUUACAUCACAGAUAUGGACCAAAGCUCACACGUGACACCAAAGGAAACUACAGCUGUUAAAAAACUUGAAUUGCCCACAUACAGUCCUGAAGAAGAAGAGUUGAUGACGAUGCUGGAAGACCAGUGGCCACACCAAAGCAUGACAAGUGCCGCAAUGUACUAAAAACAACCCAACUUGACUCUGUGUAUUGAAAAACGUUUAUUCCACAAAGGCGGCAGAAACGUUGGAGCCAAUAUACCAAAGUUACGAACACAUAUUUAUGUGAAACGUUAAUGUUAUGCACAAACAUAAAUAAAUAUGUAUUAUGUCUAGUUAAGAGACCUACCAGACGUAACCAAAAGUUAUCUAGCGAUGGCAGACUGGUGGGGUAGGGUAGGAAGGGGAAAGGGUGCAUUCGGGGCUUGACCCACUAUGCCCAUUAUUUUUUGUUUCAAUAAUUUUUUAGACAGAACUAUGUUGACACAAAAUUUUAUUAAUUUUGGAAAAUUAAUGGACGAGAUGUAGCCUAGUGAUAAAGUGCUUGCCUGAUCGGUCUAGGAUCGAUUUCCGACGUGGCCCAUUGGGCUAUUACUCGCUCCAGCCAGUACACCACGACUGGUAUAUCAAAGGCCGUGGUAUCUGCUGUCCUGUCUGUGGGAAAGUGCAUAUGAAAGAUCCCUUCCUGGUAAUGGAAAAAAUGUAGUGGGUUUUCUUUUACGACUUUGUGUCGAUAAAUACCAAAUGUGAUUAAUAAAUCAGUGUGCUCUAUUGGUUAAACAAAGCAAACUUGUUUUUUUUUUACCUCUCCGGAUGCUGUUGUGGGGCUGUUACGAAACGCAUUGUUUUUGCAGCACAUCCUAGCUUCAGACUAAAAUGAAAUGAAAUUUAACCUAAUACAAAUAUUAGAACGAUCAGAAACACGUUUAAUAUACAGCCACUAAUAUAUUAUGCAGAAAAAUAUAUUUGAUAUGUAAUUACAAUCGUUAAAAAGUCU